CUCAGUUUCAAAUUUUGAGCUCUCUCUCUGUCGCGAUGGAUGUGAAAGAAGCUGGAGCGUCUCUGGAUGCGCUGAUUUCCUCCUUCAAUUCCCGAAUAGCCGAGCUCCAGCAGCUAGUUAUUGCUCGCAACAUGUACCCUGCUGGCAGCAUCACCGAUUUGUCUGCCAUUGAUGCAGCGUUAAACGGCAUGGAGCUCCAGGUUCUAAAUAUCAAGAAUCGCUUACGCGAAGAGACUCGAGCCAUCCCUAAAGCCAAGAAGUUAAUAGUGGCAGCACUGCAGCAACAAAAGAAAUUGGAGACCAUAUCUGCUUGUGUUCCAUCAUGCAUCCCUGAAAGAAUUACUAACUUCAAUCAGGAUGAUAAUAAAUGGGCACAAAAGGAAGAGCAUGUGCAAGAUCUUAAAUUUGAGUCUUUGAAGCUUGAGGAGCGUACUGCACCUAAAGAGAAGAAAGGUCGAGCUUCCGCUCCAAUGUGGUAUAUUACUGCCGAAGAACUGAAUUCAGUGCCACCGUACAUGAAGCAAAGGCUCACUUUGGAUAAAAUGAAUGCUGCAAUUGGUGAUAUGGCAAACUAUGCUGAAGCAAAUGCACACCUUAUCACAGCACCGAGGAAAAAGCUGGCAGAUAACAACUUGGACAAGGCUCUGAAACUAAGAGAGAUUUCAACAGCAGAUUCAGUAAAAGGAAAAUAUUUUUUCCUAGAGUCAGAUAUAAAAGGGCCUUCUCUAAAACUUGAUAACACAGGAAGAGCACUGUUGACGGUGCUUAGGCAUCUCGGGCGGAUAACCGAGACUCGAAUUGGUCAUGACCGUGUCAUCAUCCUGUUGAGGCCUUGACCAAACAUGUAUCUUCAAACAAAAGUUUAGGAGGCCUGGCCGCGUUCUUGGGCAAACGGCCAUUGUUGACUCAAUGUUGCUUGGUUGGAUUGGGAGAGGCAUUAUAUUCUUUAGUUAUAGCUGCCUUCUCUACUUAACGAUUUUUUUUUUUUUUUAUGUUUUAGUUCUUUCAUCUUACAGUUGUAACAGUUGUGCUUCUCAGUUGCAGUUACCUAUAUUCAUUACUAUAUCAA